AUGGGUGUGCUGGUGAACAGCAUCGUCGGCCGUCUGGAGCCCAAGCCCUUUGCGCGCAAGCCGCCCAUCCUGCCAAAGGUGCUGGCCCACAUCAAACGGCUCAUGCAGGACGUCGAUGCGUCAGUUCGGGACGCGUGCGUCGAGGCGCUGGCGGCGCUCGCCCACGCCGCCGCCCGCGCCGCCGGCGGCGCGCUCGCUGGCAGCAGCAGUGCCAACCCGUUCCUGCGCACGGUGUUUGAGUGUUUGGCGGAGCAGCGGAGGGAGUCGCAGACGGCGGCGGGGCAGGCGCUGCUGCAGCUGGCGCCCGUCCUGCUUCCACUGGACAAGGACCUGGUCAAGGCGCUGCUGCGCUGCCUGAGGAACCCGGCCUUCCAGGGCUCCGCCGCGCUGCUGGCGGCGCUGGCGGGCACGGGCGCGGGCGAGCGGCGCGGCGCGGAGGGCCUUCUCAGGGACGGCGCGUCUGCGUUCCUGCCUUACCUGCCGCACCUGAUCGGCCAGCCGCCCAGCGGCGGCGCGGCUGCUGGUGCGGCGGCCGGCGGCAGCAGCACCGGCGGUGGCAGCGGCAUCCUUGGCUGCCUACACAGCAAGGACUGGGCGGCGCGCCGAGCGGCGGCUGACGCGCUGACCGCGGCGGCGCUGCUGCUGGGGCCGGCCCUAGAGCCGGAGGGCGCGUGGGGGGUGGGCGACGCCUCGUCGCUGACGGGGCGGUGUGUGGCGGCGCUGGAGGCCGCUCGAUUUGACAAGGUCAAGGAGGCGCGGCAGUGCGCGCGCGAGGCGGCGGGCGCGCUUCAGGAGCUGCAGCGCUUCGCGCUGGAGGGCGGCGGCGACUGGGAGGCGGUGGCGGCGGAGUAUGAAGCAACCUUUCUGUCGGCACCUGGACCCUCGUCGGCGCAGCCCGGCGCGGCUUCGCCGCCGACGGGCGGCCGGCCGGCGUCCUCGGCCGCGGGCAGGGCGUCUGUGGCCGAGCGGUUCCACAGGGCGGCGACUCCCGAGGGCUUUGUGGCUGACGCGCGCCCCCUGGCAGGCUCUGGGCCCAGCGCCCGCACAAGAUCGGCGCGCGGUCUGGGUCGGUCAUCGGCGGCGGCGGCGGCAGCCGACGAGGCAGCUGGCAGCCAGAACCCUGUCAGGGCGGCCGCGCGCCCCGCGUCUGCCAACAACGCGUCUGAAGCGCCCAAAGGGGCCACGGCGACCGUGGUCGUCCCCGAGGCCGAGUGGCGCGAGGUUCGGGAGCAGCUACAGCACCUGCAGCAGCAGCAGCUGGCGAUGGCAGCGAUGAUGCAGCAGCUGACCGAGAGCUCGGCCGCGGCGGCCGCGGCGCUGCAGGCGCGCAUCGCCGUGCUGGAGGCAAGGGGAGCCACGUUGCCGCCGGCUUCAACACCACCACAGCAGCAGCAGCAGCAGCAGCAGCAGCAGAGCCCAGCGGCGCAGCCGCAGUUGCACGCGGCCGGCGCGGCGUCGCCACGGCAGCAGCAGCCGCAGCUGCUCUACGGUGGGCGCUCGUCCCCUGGUUCCCUGGCGGCCCUGUCGCCGGGGCCGGCGGCCUUGCCUUCUGCAGCACAGACGCCGCCACCGGGCCGCCUUUCGGGGAUGAGCCGGUCGGUGGAUGACUGGAGCAGCAAAUCUGCCCCCGGCAGGCCGCCCAUCCUGCGGGUUGGGUCGGGCCUGUCUACAUCUGCGUCAGCCCUGGCGGGCGUUGGGGCUUUGCUGGACGUCGGCGGAGGCGGGGCCGGCUUCUGCAGCCCCCUCACGCCGGCUGGCCCCUGCGACAUCGAGGCCGCGUACGCUCAGGCGCUGCGCACGCCCUCCGACAUGCACCUCAUGCGCCUAAUCAUGAAGACCGGCCCCUGCUGGUCGGCGCUGUCCGAGCAAACCGCGGCGGGCCUGCUGGCGGCGUUCACGCGGUGCCUGCAGUCUGGCGUGAUGCUGCACCGCGUGCUGCCGUGGCUGUGGCGCCUGGCGGAUGAGGGCCGUGGGCCGUGCUCCCCUAUGGACAAUCUGGACAUCUGCUGCGCCGACAAGCCCAGCCGGGCCACUUCGGGCAAGCGGGCGUGCGCGCUCAAGGCCAGCUACAUGGAGGACUCCGGUACUUCGAGUGAAAGCGAAUCUUGGCUGACGCUCGCGAACCUGGAUGACUGCUUUGAACGUAUGGUGCCUACGCCGGCCACAACAGAGCAAGUGCCCCAGAGCAAGCGCGUGGCGCCUAGCAUCACCGGCAGGAAGCGCAGCGCGGAGCACGCGCCAGCCCCUGCACUAUCGUGCGGCGCGGUGCGGGCACUGGCACCAGCGGCGGCGGCGGCAGCAGCGGCGGCGGCGCCUGCGGCGGCAGCCCCCGGCCCCUCGGGCGGCAAGCGGAUGAAGCUCAUGGACGGCUCCCAGGCGCGGUCCUGGGUGGGCGUGAUCCAGCCGUUCAGGAGCGUCGCCAAGCCGCACGCCUCCGCUGGCGUCCUGAGCGUUGGGGGCAUCAACGACGCGAUACGGCGGCUGGAGGGAGAGCGGUACCCCUGGCGGUAA